UCUCCUGUCACAGUGCCUUUCAGACUUUACUGUGAGCAGAACCCGAACGUGGAGAUUUUAACACAGAAACAUGGAUGUAAAGCUGCUGACCGUCGUGGCUGUCCUGAUCAUAGUGAUAUACUCACCUCCCUCUGAAGCAAAGCCCAUCAGCCUGGUGGAGCGAUGCUACUGCCGUGCAACUGUUAACAGCCUCCCAAAAGGUUAUAUCCGAGAGCUCAGAUUCAUCCACACACCUCACUGCCCUUUCCAAGUGAUUGCCAAGUUGAAGUCAGGCAAGGAGGUGUGUUUGAACCCAGAAAUGCCAUGGCUGCAGCAUUACCUGAAGAAUGCCAUCAGAAAGAUGAAGAAAUCCAUGCAGGCCAAUUAAAAUGCAUGAGGUUUUCCUGAACCACUCCAGAAGAUUUUCGCCGGCAUCAUCUUUAUAUACAUACAAAGCAAGAUCUUCUGAUAUUCAGCACUUAUCUUAGCUGCUCUGCUGCAGUCCUUUUGCAUGGAUUGGACCUCUUCAUCAUGAACACCAUUUCAUGGAAACAUCUUCACCAUCACCACUUAUAACAAAUGUUUCUAGUGAGAAGUAUCAGUAUAUCUGAGAGUACGUUUUGCUAAAUAUAUGUAUAUGCCUUUUGAUUAGCCAGGAAAUGUUUCUUAUUUUGAAAAUGCAUAUCCUGAUUGCUAGUGACCAAUGGGUGGUUCCUUCUCCAAAAGUUAAUUGACACCAAGGAAUUUCGGUCAGUGCCAGCUAACCCCCAGACUGAACAUAAGAUGUAAAUAAAAACCUAAUAAAAAUGUCGCUUCCAAUGUUUGUAAUGGAACUUUGGAUGCCAGUAAAGAUGGAGCAUUUCCUGUGCUGUUGCUGUGAUUGUGUGAUAAACCAACUUGUGUUAUUUCCUUAACUUGUUGCAGUUAAAAAAAAA